AUGACUGGCUUGCUGCUCGAUACGACCAACGUCCCCCGAUCCACCUCGAUCCAGCGCAAGUCGCUGCCGACGUGCACGCUCUCUCUCGCCAGCGUCUCUGCUCAUACCGGGAAACAUCGUAUGGCGGUUGAUCUGCCUCACGUCCAAGCGAACGUUGUUCCGUUUCCGUCUGUUGCUGGAGGCGGGGGCACACAUGCGCUAUUACGCUCGUCACCGACUCCUGUGAGGCCUCGACCUCGGAUAUCGACGUCCGUGACGUCCCCCUCGAUUCGCCGUAAACGCUCAGCAUCCCGAAUCACCUCGCCUUCUUCUAGUGUUAGUCCGCCAACUACGCCAACGACACCACCACGGAAACGCGCUCGCACCACUGGGGUUUCCAAGUCGAUCUUGAAGCCCGCCACUACGCCUGCUGCGCCUCCACCCCGUCGAGCACCCACCGCUGAAAUCAAGCUCAACGCGUGUAUCUAUCAUACGAUUUUCGCGCUUGGGAUGAAGAGGCACGCUGGCAAGCGCCGUCUUGCCAGCACCACGCCAAGGUGUACAUCCCCCACCCCAGGCUCCUCGUCCCCUGGAUUCGACGACUCAGACGACUCGGACCUCGACUCCGAAAUCGAAGAAGAGCUAGAGACGGCGGUUCACCAUGCGUUAUUGGAAGAACAGGAUAUAAAGCUUUCCUUGAAGCUUCGGUGUUUUUUGUUGAAGAAUGGGAUUGAUCCUCGAGGUGUUGUUUUUCAGGUUGAGAGGGAGGAAGAGAUGGAUCCGUUUUUGAAGGAUGAGGAUGAUAGGAUGGACGUGGAGGUUGAGUCUGGUAUUCCCUCCGUCCCUCCUUCUUCUCCGUGUACGCCAGUGGCACUUCGGAACGCUCCGCUCCCUCCAAGUUCUGCUCCACUUCCACGGGUCCACUUCCCGUCUGAUUUACCACCACGCACCAUGUCAACAUCACCUCCCCGCCCUUCUUCCUCAACACAUCGCCCAUCCACCCCAACUAAGGCACCCCCCCUCCCACCUCCCUCCCACUUAACAGCCAUCCUCCUCCUCCGAAACGCAGGUAAGCAGAGGCAGCGCUAUCGUUCCAUUCUCGCUCGGUGUCCCUCUUCUUUGGAUGGGACGGGGUUGGGGUUGGCGAGGGGGAGGAAAUCGCCUUUGCGUGGUGUCUUUUUGCGAGCUGAGGUGGAAUGGGAGAAAGAGGAGGGUGGAUGGGAGGAGGGAAGUGAGGGAUCGGUGCUUGAGGAUGUGUUGAUGGCUAUGAUGGUUGAGGAUGAGGGGAUGGAUGUUGAUUUGGAUUGA